AAAAGGUACCGCCCAUAUAAAAUAGGUAUAAAUGUAUGAAAUCCUCUCUGAUCUUUUCCACGUUUCUUGCUAUGCGUCCUCAGUUUUGUUUCUCAACAUUUUUGUUUCUAGGCGGUUGCUUGCUUUCCGGUGUUUCUUCAAGAUUCGACCCUACCACAUAUACUAGAACUACAGCGGCAUGUAAAGCCGUAAAGCGGGACGCCGACCAUGCAGUUGUCGACAUUGAGCUUAGCUACGUCGAUAUCAACCCUACCGCCAAAACAGCGAUAAUACUCGUUCACGGUUGGCCCAGUAUCUGGAGCACCUGGGCGUAUCAAAUACAGGCGCUUGAACAUGAUUAUCGCUUGAUUGUGCCCGACUUGCGUGGAUUCGGGCGUUCUUCACACCCUGAAGACGUGCAAACCUCUGGAACGAUGUUCGACCACGUCGGUGACCUUGCAUGUAUACUAGAGCACGCCAAAGUGGAUACCGCUAUCUGCUUAGGGCAUGAUUGGGGCUCCGUACUCUGCUACGAAGCGGGAAGACUCCGCCCAGAUAUUUUCCAAGGAGUUAUUGGGGCCGUCGUUCCAUAUAUUCCUUCCGCUGGGCCCUUCGUUCCUAUCAAAGAUCUCACGACCGUGUUUCCUAAACUGACGUAUCAGCUCUUCUUCGGUUUACAAACGCCUGAUGCUGUCAAGGAACUGGACAAGGAUAUUCGCAGAUCUCUUCGGGCGACACUCCGUGCCAAGUCGAGCCCGCCCCCUGAUGAGUUUUUGAAGAGUUCUGAAACGUUCCUAGGGGCGUGGAGCGAUUAUGAGGAGAUCCCGCCUAUUCCGUUUCUAUCGCCUGAGGAGGAGGAUUAUCUCGUUGAGGAAUUUAGCCACCAGGGCUUCAAAAACACUCUCCAGUUCUACACCACGGGAAACCGACAUGGAACGUGGAAGUUUGCCAACGAGCAGGGCAAUCACACGCUGCCGCAGCCUGUCUUGGCCAUUUACCCCACACAUGAUCCUGUAGCCGACUGGGUCAAAGCCGCGGAACUGCUCCAAUCCGAAAGCUUCUUACCACGUCUAACGACCGCAACGGUGGAAGGUUCGCACUGGAUACAAAUGGAAAAUCCGGGACCAUUUAAUGCUGCCUUGAAGAACUGGCUGGAAGCUAACUUUGGCCGCUCGAGCCGUGCUGAGGAUGAGCUGUAAUUGUUCUGUGUAUUAUGGAUGGAUGAAAAGGAAGGAACCGACCUCGACAUGUACCACACUACUAUACCUCUGUCAUUCUGUGUACAUAUUCUCUAUCUGCUAUUUUAUAUAUGCAUUCGA